AUGCUUGACAACCACCACCUCACUCGUCGUUUGACACCAGCCCACAUUGACUUACGUCCAUGGCCACCCAUUCAACUUCCAACACCGGCCAAAUGGGAACAACAACGAGCUAAAGUCAUCAACACCACCCACGCCGGCCGAUCAGUCAUCGCUACCAAGAAGCUGUCGUCUGGAUCGUUACUACUCUCUGAACGCGCUUGUAUUCAAUGGCUAUACAGGGGACCACAGCGACAACGUUAUUGUUUCCACUGCUUUCAACGUGUCAGCCAUGCCGUGUCAUGUCGUGGCAACCAUGCAUGUCAAUGGGAUAUCACAUACUGCUCUAAGCAAUGCGAGACUAGUCACUGGUGGAGGCAGCACCGUUGGCUAUGCCGAUUCCCUGAACUUGACGUCCUUGACACGGUGGAUUUGUUAUUGGCACUGCAGCUGCUACCUGGUUCACUCGAUGAUCUCGACCCUGGAAUGCAUGAUCCAAUGUAUGAUACCCAAAUCGAACGCGUGUGUUGUCGGCUCUUUUACAUGUCAUCACCCCAUAUUCAAAAGGCAUUGACAAGGACACUUGGACAACUUCGAUGCAACAGCUUUGCCGUCAAACAAUCACACGAGCAAGAUGGUAUCAGGGGCAAAGCGAUUUAUUUGACUGGCAGCAUGAUCAAUCACGCAUGUGAUCCCAACGCAUUGGUCUUUUUCAAUGAUCACGACAAUAGCAUCCACAUACGCACUUGCAGAUCCAUCAAUAAGGGCGAAGGUAUCUUUAUCAGCUAUGGUCCAUUAGCGAAUCGCGAGCCAUCCAUUCUAAAACGAAAGGAAAAGCUUCAACAGCGCUAUUUCUUUGAUUGCCAAUGUGACGCAUGCCAACAAGAAUCGGUCACAUCCUCUCCUCAACAACGGUUCAUAAAGUGUCAAGCUUGCUCGACAGGUCGAUUGGAACGCAAUCAAACGAGGUGUGAGGAGUGCCAUUGUGCAUAUGAUUGGGACGAGUUGACAAAGCAAGAGCAGCGGAUUGAAAUGUGUCUAGCACGUGAUGCAUUUGAACAAGCACUCAAGAUACAACGCCAAGUAUACGACAAGGAUGCCCAUGUUAUCGGUCAAACCUUGGAUCAACUAGCACACUUUUAUGCUAUGCGAGGAUCGUUCAAGGAAUCAGCAAAGUACAGCCGUGAAUCAUUGGCCAUUGUGUGUAAGACUUUUGGACCUGAAAGCAUCGAAGCUGCUGAGGAGAUGUUGAAGCUAUCAACGUUAUUGUUUAAUGCCAACCUUUCUCAAGAAGCCAAAGCACAAAUCCAAAAGACCAUUAAAGUACAUAGAAAGCUUGGUUUAGAUCAACAGAAUCCAGAAGAUUUUAAUGAAUUACAAACAAUGCUGUUUCUUCUUUACAAUGCUCGAUACAAGUGUGGAAUAGGAUGUGAACGGGGAGAAAAGGAUACAAUGUGUAAUGAAAUAGGAGUGUGUAGGGAAAAAAAGAUCAACUAA